AUGAGCAAAGAGGAUAAAGAGCAGUUGAAUGCCAAAGUCAACUUUUUGCCUCAAGGCAAGUAUCUAAAACCCGAAGAAAUCGAGUAUGAAUUCGGAGGUACUGUGGGUGUUCUUGGUAUGCUGAUUGGGUUUCCAUUAUUGAUGUAUUACAUGUGGAUUUCUGCUGAAUUCUAUGGUGGGAAGCCAGCGCUGCCAGCACCAAAUGAAUCGUGGAUGCACUUCAUUCAACACCUCUACCAGCUGUUCCUGGAGCAUGGUGUACCCAGCAGGUACUCAUGGACUAUUUUCAUGGUGUUUUGGGCGGCCCAGAUCGUGUUCUACUACACGCUGCCGGGCGUGUGGACGAAAGGCCAACCACUUACGCACUUGAAGAACAAGCAACUGCCAUACUACUGCAAUGCCAUGUGGACUUUUUACACGUCGAUCGCCAUUGUGCUGUUAUUACACGUGACCGGAGUUUUCAAGCUUUACACCAUUCUUGAACGUUUUGGUGAGAUCAUGACGUGCGCAAUCGUCUCUGGUUUCACGUUCUCUUUUGUGCUGUACGUGUGGACGCUAUUUGUCACUGGCGAUUACCACCGUAUGACCGGCAAUCACCUGUACGACUUCUUUAUGGGUGCUCCUUUGAACCCACGCUGGGGGAUUCUAGACUUGAAGAUGUUUUUCGAAGUCAGACUCCCUUGGUUCACUUUGUUCUUCUUGACUUUGGGUGCAAGUCUCAAGCAAUACGAGAGUUAUGGCUACUUGACCCCUCAAUUGGGUGUCGUUUUACUAGCUCACUGGUUUUACGCCAACGGAUGUGCUAAGGGCGAGGAGCUUAUCGUCCCCACUUGGGAUAUGGCCUACGAAAAGUUUGGUUUCAUGUUGAUCUUCUGGAACAUCGCCGGUGUGCCUUACACAUACUGUCACUGUACUUUAUACCUAUAUUACCACAACCCAAGUGAAUACAACUGGUCCUGGCAAUACAACACUGCAUUAUACGUCACAUUGAUUGUUGCUUACUACUUCUUUGACACUGGCAAUGCGCAAAAGAAUGCCUUCAGAAAACAAAUGGCUGGUGACAAAACCAUUAGAAAGACUUUCCCUUACUUGCCCAAACAAAUCUUGAAAAACCCCAAGUUCAUGGUUACCAAGCAAGGCUCAUAUUUAUUGACUGAUGGCUGGUAUAAAUACGCCAGAAAGGCCCACUACACUGCCGAUUGGACACAAUCUUUGGUGUGGGCAUUGUCCUGCGGCUUUAACUCUCCUUUCCCAUGGUUUUUCCCAGUGUUUUUCUUCAUCGUUUUAAUUCACAGAGCUCACCGUGACCAAGAAAAGUGUAAGAAAAAGUAUGGAGAAGAUUGGGACAAGUACUGCAAGGAAUGUCCAUACGUCUUUAUUCCUUACGUGUACUGA